ACGUUAUCUACAGCGGCACCCGCUGCCCCUUAACCGUCUUCCGCAACCCAUUUCUCUCCCCACACUGAGCGGCUUUUGCACACCCACCUCAGCACCGACCUGGACUAGUCACAUGACAGAUUGAAGGCAUCUGCCACGUAAUGCCCCGACGGCCAGUGAAGCCGCAGGAUCGUCAGCGAGUUGUCCGAGCAUGCGAUCAAUGUAAAGCGUCCAAGAAGCGCUGUGAUGGCGAUCAGCCCUGCAAACCGUGCCAGAAAAAAGGUUGCGACAGUAUCUGUCAUUAUACUGCUGGUCGGAGACAUCACCCGUUGCCGCAGCCUCCAUUGGUAGCGUCGCAUUUGGCUCCGGCGCAGGGCGCACCUUUAAUCUUUGAGGGAAGCGAGACCAAUGAGGCUAUGAUAUCCCCGAAUUCAUGGGAGUUUCAUGGAUCUACAACUAUAUCGGAUAAACCAGGACCCAUUUUUGCUCCUACCAUACAAGAACAUGUUCCUGAAGAAAGUCCUCCCAGCAUCGACACCCGAGGAUCAUCGAUUGAAGUUAUGGCUCAGCCGUCUAUCAUGCUAUCGAGCCAUAGUGGAGAGAAAGUAUUCGUUGGCAACACUGCGGCAAUAUCGUUUUUACAAUUCCUUCAGAAGACGUUAGAACGGCAGGUUGGUCCCUCUGGUUUUACCGAUGCUCAAGAAAGUCGAAGGUUAUUCGAGGCAGAUGCUGUCGACAACGGAUCGAGCCGGUUUUAUGAUGGUCUUUGUAUUGAAGACAAGAAAGCCUAUAUUCAGUAUUUUUUCGACGCCUCAAACGGUCUUCUCGACCUAUACACAUGGGAAGAAGUAUGCAAUCUAUUACAGAUGGAGCCUCGAGCGAGCGUGCAUGAACCGACCAGUCCCCCAUAUCCGAGAACUCUCGAACAGGCCUCGUUGUAUCUUAUGGUCUCAAUUGGUGCCCAAUGCUAUGGACCCACCAAGGAUGCUGUAGUCUGGGCGGCAGAAUUGUUCUCCUUUGCCCGCAAGCUGGCCUUCGCACAGAUGCUCGAGAAUCCAAGCCUGGAUCUUGUCAGAGUAUUUCUUCUGAUGGCUUUCUACAUGUUUGGCGCUUGUCGGCGGAACUCUGCCUUCAUGUACCUGGGUUGUGCCUCCAAAGCUGCCGACAUAUUAGGUUUGCAUGUAUCUGCUCAGCACAAAUAUGCAGCCCCUUCAACACGAGAUGCCCGACUCCGCACAGCUAAAAGUAUACGUGUCUUCGACGUCGUCUGCAAUUCGAUUCUUGGACGCUCAAGCAGUACACCAUCCCUUCGUCCAGGCCAUCCCAGCUGCCCUAGCGACAAACUUGACAACGACGCCAACAGUAUCUAUAGAGCUUUGGCACUUAGCGCUACGUAUGAGAUAUCAGCGGUCCUUGAUACCGCAGUUCAAAAGUCCGGUGAUGGCGAGCUGAAUAUUGACACCGCUGAAAGCUUGGUCCUGGCUUUACAACAGCGGAGCCGAAAUUUUCCAUCAAUAUUGCGAAAGUCCAACGAAGAAGAAUCUACAAACAGCAGACAUACAAUCAUUGGGAACGUUCACGUUUCUGGAGCUUACUACUUCAGUGUGAUACUGGUAACACGACAAUUCCUGAUCCAACAUGUCGUCCCGCAACUGUCAGAGACAUCAAGAUCCCGGCAUCACAACAUCGCAGGAAACGCCAAAGUCGACCAGUUGGCAGAUGCAUGUAUUGAGGCAGCUUCGUUCAUGGCGCACAUGUGUCAUCAGGUCAUGAAAUCGGGGCAUCUACUUGGAAAUAUGUGCAUCCUCAAAGCAUGGAUCUUUGCGACAGGCCUCGUGCUGGGCUUUUCGCUCCUGGUCGAAGACGCGGUCAAUUACUCUGAGCGACGAACGGCGUUCCUUAAGUCUCUACACGUGCUGGGCGAGCUUCGAAAUCUCAGCCCUCAAGCUGAACAGUACUAUGGAAUUCUUUCAAGCUUCCAUCAAGCUAUCAAGGUCUACAAAGAUCGAACACACAGGAAAAAGCGGGCGUCCCGAGGAACUCUGGUAGAUUGUGUCUUCUUGCCAGAAGGCGCAGGUGACUCCAAUGAGCCUGAUAUCAUCGCAACACAACUUCCGAGCCCAGAGAUGACUAUGCAAGAUAUAUCAUCAGCCGACUGGCUUGAUAAUCUUCCUCUGGACACGCUGAACGAUAUCGAACCAGUCGACUCUACGCUGAUGGGAGAUAAUGACAUUAUCAUGCGCAUGCUUUGGGAGUCGGAGAGGUACGCUAUGGACUAUCCAGCUGGUAUGCUACCGGAUGCGGAGUCAUGCAUGGAUUCCUCUACUCAGAAUUUAGCUUCUUUACUAAACUAGAAUCGCUUCAUUAUUGAAGCUGAAUACAGAUGAAUAACUC